CACCAUUGGGCAAUCAAACGUUUCUAUGAUGUCGAAGUGCGCGCACCUAAUCAGCUUUGGUAUACGGAGUGGCCUGCAAACGGAUAUUCCCCGUUCGCUUUCAAGGGCAAUUUCGGUGGAUCAUGGAAGGCAUGAUUUUAUUAGUAAACGAUCGAUGAGUUUCCAAUCGCAUCGUAAAUGCAAUGUGGUAGUUAUCGGCGGCGGAGCUGUAGGAGCAUCCACAGCAUAUUGGCUGAAAAAGCGAGCCAAUAGAGACCUCAGCGUCAUUGUUUUGGAACGAGAUCCAUCUUACAAAGAAGCGUCCACUGUAUUGUCGGUCGGUGGUGUUCGGCAACAAUUUUCCUUACCGGAAAAUAUUCAAAUGUCAGUAUUUGGUGCCGAAUUCAUACAGAAUUCCAAAGAAUAUUUUGGCGAUGUAGAUUUAUGUUUUCGGCCUAACGGCUAUUUAGUGCUGUCCUCUGAGAAAUGUGCACAAACUUUACAAGAAAACUCCAAGCUGCAAAAUGAAUUGGGGGCUCGUAAUGAACUAUUAACACCAUCUCAACUGAAACUGAAAUUCCCAUGGAUUAACACUGAUGACAUAGCACUGGGCUGUUAUGGAUUUGAAAACGAAGGCUGGUUUGAUCCAUGGGCACUUUUGGGUGGUUUCCGUAGUCAAGCUAAGGAAUUCGGUGCAGAGUUUCUGCAUGGCGAAGUACUUGGUUUUGAUAUCUCUAAAGGUUCGGAAACUCUGAAUUCCGUGACAGUUCAAGCCAAGAACAAUGAGACUUGCGUUGUUGAUUUCGAUAUUUGUGUUUUGGCUGCUGGUGCUCGCUCAGGUCAAAUAGCUCAUCAGGCAAAUAUUGGCACUGGAACAGGUGCAUUGUCGAUACCACUGCCCGUUGAGCCACGAAAACGGUUUGUUUAUGUUUUUACAUCGCAGGGAGAGAAUGCACCCGGUCCGGGCACACCUUUAACUAUCGAUCUAGAUGGCACAUAUUUCAGACGGGAUGGCAUGGGCAGUAAUUUUAUCACCGGCCGAAGCCCGUGCAAUGAACAAUCCGAGCCACCAGUUAAUAACUUGGACGUUGAUCACGAAUACUUCGAGGCGGAUAUAUGGCCGACAUUGGCGAAGCGAUGCACUGCGUUCGAAUCAAUUAAAGUUUGCGGAAGUUGGGCCGGAUAUUAUGAGUAUAACACGUUUGAUGAAAAUGGUAUAAUCGGGCCACACACAUACUAUAAGAACCUUCUCAUCGCGACGGGCUUUAGCGGGCAUGGUAUCCAACAGUCGCCGGCAGUAGGACGAGCCAUUUCGGAAUUAGUAUUGGAUGGUAAUUUUAAAAGUAUUGAUUUAAGUCGUCUUGGAUUCGAUAGGAUUGCUUCCAAUAGGCGAAUGUGUGAGUCCAAUAUAUAUUAGAUAUAUAAAUUAAACUAUGUAAAUACAUUUUUAAAUGUAAAUACAUUAAAAUAUAAUUCCUAA